CGACGUUUUCUCUCUCGCCGGUUUGAAGAUGAAGGUGAAGGUGAUAUCUCGAUCCACAGAUGAGUGUACUAAAGAACGAAGCCAGGACCUCCAGAGGGUGUUCCACAAUUACGACCCUGCCCUCCGGACCCAGGAGAAGGCCGUGGAGUAUGUCCGCGCUCUAAACGCCGCCAAAUUAGACAAGAUUUUUGCAAGGCCGUUUGUGGGAGCAAUGGAUGGGCAUGUAGAUGCUAUAUCGUGUAUGGCCAAAAACAUGAACCAUUUGGUUGGCAUCUUCUCCGGUUCCAUGGACGGAGAGAUUCGGCUUUGGGAUAUAGCUUCCAGGCGCACAGUUCAGCGGUUUCCUGGCCACCAAGGUGCUGUGCGAGGUUUAGCAGUAUCUACAGAUGGGCGUGUACUUGUUUCUUGUGGAACUGAUUGCACUGUCAGGCUAUGGGCUGUACCUGUUUCCACUGCUAUGGAGGCAGAUGCCUCUACUGAUAAUUCUGUUGAGCCGGUGGAAACUUAUGUUUGGAAGAAUGCAUUUCGGUCUGUUGAUCACCAAUGGAAUUUUGAUCGUUUUGCCACAGGUGGAGCUGGUGUAGACAUAUGGAACCACAACAGGUCUGCACCAGAACAGAGUUUACAAUGGGGAACAGACACAGUUAUAUCUGUCCGGUUUAAUCCUGGAGAGCCUGAUAUUUUGGCAACAUCUGCAAGUGAUCGCAGCAUAGCACUAUAUGACAUACGCAUGGGGAAAGCAACAUCAAAGAUUAUCAUGCCGACAAAAACAAAUUCCAUUUGUUGGAAUCCAAUGGAGCCAAUCAACUUCACUGCUGCAAAUGAGGACUGCAACUGCUAUAGCUUUGAUUCUAGAAAGCUUGAUGCAGCAACUUGUGUGCACAAAGAUCAUGUCUCUGCUGUGAUGGAUAUAGAUUAUUCACCAACUGGUCGAGAAUUUGUAACUGGGUCUUAUGAUAGAACAGUGAGAAUUUUCCAAUAUAAUGGCGGUCACAGCAGGGAGAUCUACCAUACAAAGAGAAUGCAAAGGGUUUUCUGUGUCAAGUUCAGCUGUGAUGCUAGUUAUGUGAUUUCUGGAAGUGAUGACACUAAUCUUAGACUUUGGAAGGCGAAAGCAUCAGAACAGCUGGGAGUUCUUCUUCCAAGGGAAAAGAAAAGGCAUGAAUAUUAUGAAGCUGUCAAGAAUCGCUACAAGCACCUUCCUGAAAUCAAGCGUAUAGUCAGGCACAGGCACUUGCCAAAACCAAUAUACAAGGCAUCUGGCCUCCGGCGUACAAUGAUCGAAGCAGAGCGAAGGAGAGAAGAGAAGAGGAAAGCUCACAGUACCCCAGGAAGCAGAACCUCCAAGCCAUUACGUGAAAGAAAGAUUAUCCGUGUUGAGGAGUGAGUUAUACAAGGAGGUAUGGUUGCCAAUGUGUAUCGAAGGAUGAGUAUGGAAGGUCGAGUUUCGUAAGUUUACAACAUGGUUCAUUCCUUCAGUUAGUGGCUUCCAAAUCAUAGAUUAUCCCGACUUGGCGAAAUGUCAGGUGCCUUUGGCUUUGUAUUUACCUAAGGUUUUGCAGAAAUGUGUGGUGGCUUUGCCAUUGUACUUUAUUAAGUGUCUUGUAACUGUAGAUCACAUUGUAGUUUAUUUAAUAUUAAAGAUGAAACUUCAUCCUGCUGUUGAUGGCAUUUAUAUGA